AUGUAUAUAAUGGAUUUGAGUGGAUUACACUUUGAUUCUAAUUUAAUUACAAUGCUUAGAGGGGCCCUUCGUUCACUUUCUACAUUUAUUACAGAACAUUAUGUUGAAUUAAUUAGGUCUUUUGUUCUCGUUAAUGCUCCCGAAUUUAUUAGUAUGAUUUGGUCUAUAGCUAAACCUUUAUUACCUGAAAAAACGAGACAAAAAGUAAUUAUUAUGGGAGCUUCACAUUGGCGAAGAGAAAUUCUUGAAAUGGCGACUCCAAAAGCAUUACCGGCAUUUUGGAAUGAAUCGUGUGAAAAUAGGGUAUUUUUAGCUGAAUUAAACCGUUCAAAGCCAGUUGAUCGAAAUUCACUUUACAAAUCUGAUCCAAAAGAAACUGUUGCUUCUGGUUAUUACAAACAGUUAAAUGUUUCUCCAGGCAAAAGUUCUUAUGUAGAUUUAAAAGUGGAGAAAUGGGUGAAUUGGAAGUUUGAAACAGACGGGCAUUUUUCUUUUGGCUUUUAUUUUGUGGAGGAUGAAAAAAGUAAUCAGUGGAAAAUGAUUUAUCCAAGACUUAAUCACAUUCCCGGUCCAACAUAUGUUCCAAUGAGUGGCCAACAUAAAAGUGAAAUGACAGGGAUAUAUCGUUUAUUUUUCUCGAAUGAACAUUCUUGGUUUCAUGUUCUAAAAAUUCGAUAUAGAAUUCAGAGUAAUUUUAAUAAAGAGGAAGAAUAA